AUGAUGGGGAUGAUGGAGGAGAUGUGGAUGAUUGGGGUGAUGGGGAUGAUGGGGUUGAUGAUGAGGGGAAUGAUGUGUCUGAUGAGGAUGAUGGGUGUGAUGAGGAUGAUGGAGAUGAUGGAGAUGAUGGAGAUGAUGGAGAUGAUUGGGAUGAUGGGGAUGAUGGGGGUGAUGGGGAUGAUGGAGAUGAUGGAGAUGGUGACGGGUGACUGGGAUGAUAGGGGUGAUGGGGAUGAAGAGGGUGAUGGGGAUGAAGGGGGUGAUGGAGAUGAUGGAAAUGAUUGGUGUGAUGGGGAUGAUGGAGAUGAUGGGGAUGAAGGGGGUGAUGGGGAUGAUGGGGAUGAUGGGGGUGAUGGGGAUGAUGGGGGUGAUGUAGAUGUUGGGGGUGAUGGGGAUAAAGCGUGUGAUGGGAAUGAUGUGGAUGAUGUGGAUGAUGGAGAUGAUAAAGAUGAUGGGGAUGAUGGGUGUGAUGGAGAUGAUGGGGAUGAGGGGGGUGAUGUGGAUGAUGGAGACGAUGGGGAUGAUAUGGAUGAUGGAGAUGAUGAAGAUGAAGGGGGUGAUGGGGAUGAUGGAGAUGAUGGGAAUGAAGGGGGUGAUAGGGCUGAUGGGGAUGAUGGAGAUGAUGGUGAUGAAGGGGGUGAUGGGGAUGAUGGAGAUGAUGGAGAUGAUCGAGCUGAUGGAGAUGAUGAGGAUGAUGGGGUGUAUGGGUAUGAUGGGCAUGAUGGGGGUGAUAGGGAUGAUGGGGGUGAUGUGGAUGUUGGGGGUGAUGGGGAUAAAGCGUGUGAUGGCUAUGAUGUGGAUGAUGUGGAUGAUAGAGAUGAUGGAGUUGAUGGAGAUGAUAGGGAUGAUGGGGAUGAUGGGGGUGAUGGGGAUGAAGGGGGUGAAGAGAAUGAUGGGUGUGAUGGGGAUGAUGGAGAUUAUCGAGAUGAUGGAGAUGAUGGGGAUGAUGGAGAUGAUUGA